AAUGCAUAGACCUAGUUAACAGUUAUAAUUUUAUAAUAUGAAAAUUAAAGAAUGGCGAAAGAUGAAGAUGAUAAAUUACCUGAUAAAGAUGCCGCAAGAGAAUUUUACGCUAAAUAUGAACCGAAAGAAAUUUUAGGAAGGAAUACCCCAUUUAACGCGGUGAUACGUUCCAUCAAUGUAGAGCGCAAUGCGAAACAGCGCUAAACGAGGCUAUCUUUACAUGGAAAUAUUGGGAUUAGGGGAAGACGGCUAGGAAAUUGGGGAAUCAGUUCCACUGUUCGUAGAUGUAUUGAGAAAGAAUCUGGCAAAGAAUUUGCUGCAAAAAUAAUUGGUAAUAGACUGAGGAGAUUACGUGACUUUAAACUCAAUUUUGUGAAGCAAAAUUAUUCUAGAUUUGGGCACUGAAGGGUGUGGAGAUGAAGUUAGUGCACCUGAAUAUAAAACUAUGAAAGAAUCAACACAUCAAGAAGUAAACAUUUUGAGACAUGUUUUGGGACAUCCGUAUAUCAUUGAAUUACAAGAUGUUUUUGAAUCUGACACAUUUAUAUUUCUGGUUUUUGAGUUGUGCCGGAAUGGUGAACUGUUUGACUACUUGACAUCUGUUGUAACACUAACAGAAAAGAAAACCAAAUAUAUUAUGAGACAAAUUUUUGAAGGAGUGUUGUUCAUUCAUAAGCAUAACAUAGUACACAGAGAUUUAAAACCAGAAAACAUACUACUAGACGAUAAUAUGAAUAUAAAAAUAACAGAUUUUGGAUUUGCAAAAAAGAUAAAGCAGAAUGAAAAGUUAUAUGAACUAUGUGGCACGCCUGGCUAUUUAGCUCCUGAAACAUUGCGUUGUAGUAUGUACGAAAACGCGCUUGGUUAUUCUAAGGAAGUGGAUAUAUGGGCUUGUGGCAUAAUAAUGUUUACUCUUCUGGUAGGCUGUCCACCAUUUUGGCACAGAAAACAAAUAGUCAUGUUUAGAAAUAUAAUGGAAGGCAAAUAUAAUUUUGCUUCACCUGAAUGGGCUGAUAUUUCAGAUGCCCCAAAAGAUUUGUUACGAAAGUUGCUUGUGGUGGAUCCAAGCAAAAGAAUUAGUAUAGAAAAUGCUCUGAAGCAUCCAUUUUUUCAAUCAACGGUUUUUGAACAAAACGUUAGUACUUUGAAACGUAGUCUUUCAAGUGUUACCAAACAAUCUAUUCACUCAUCCCCAAAUGCACGAACUAAAAUAGAUCAGUUUUGCCCUCGAAAAAUGUUUCAAAAGAUAAUUUUAUGUGUGAGAGCAGUCAUAAGAUUGAAUAAAAUGAAGUUGGUGUCGGAACAUAUUCCCAUCAGAGAUGCUUUAUUAGAUCCUUACAGACUUAGAAUAUUAAGAAAGGUAAUUGAUGGUUGUGCUUUUCGUGUGUAUGGUCAUUGGGUAAAGAAGGGGGAAGAACAGAAUCGAGCUGCAUUGUUUGAAAAUUCGGAAAAAACUGAACUAUACUAUUUAUAUCUCAUGAAUUUAGGAGGAAGAUAAUCUUUAAAGAAAUUUGAUUUAAUGUACUCAGUGUUAAAUUUAGUUUAGGUCUUGUUUUAUUCUUUUGUUUUCAUUUGGAACAAUUUGUAUUAUAUUGUACUCAUAUGCAAAAUAAUCACUAACAAAG